UCGUGUAACCGCAACAACACUAUGCUAUCGCAAACAGCAUCACACAGCCGCCUCGAUUUCGGGGUGUUAAAACAAUAACGACGCGGGAUUGUAUGUACAUAGUGUAACGGCCAAAGCGACAACGGUCUAGUACGAGCAGCCGGUCAUGCUGUUGCCCUCGGACAUGUUGGCCACGCAAUCGAAAAUGUUGUAUCAGCUUAACAAGUACUACGUGGAACGAGUGGAGACCAGGAAGGCGAGCACGACCAAAGCCAUACGAGAGGUGUGUAAAGUCGUGCAGACGGUACUGCACGAGGUAGAGGCACAGGAGCCCAGGUUCAUAUCGUCGUUGGCCGAGUGCAACGGUCGGUACGAAGGCUUAGAAGUGGUUUCGCCGACGGAAUUCGAAAUAGUGCUCUACCUGAACCAGAUGGGCGUGUUCAACUUCGUGGACGACGGGUCGCUACCGGGUUGCGCCGUGUUGAAGCUCAGCGACGGACGCAAGAGAAGCAUGAGCCUCUGGGUGGAGUUCAUCACCGCUUCGGGAUACUUGUCGGCCCGGAAGAUCCGAUCCAGGUUCCAGACGCUGGUGGCCCAAGCGUGCGACAAGUGCGUGUACCGGGACAUGGUGAAAAUGAUGUCGGACACGGGCGAAGUGAAGCUCCGGAUACGGGACAGGUAUGUGGUGCAGAUCACGCCGUCUUUCAAGUGUGCAGGCGUGUGGCCCAGGUCGGCUGCUCACUGGCCGGUGCCACAGCUCACGUGGCCGCAUCCCAACUUGAUUGUCGAGGUCAAAACCGAGGGGUUCGACUUGCUGUCCAAAGACAGUGUGAUCAUGCACGGCAAGCAGAACUCGAUGGAAGGCGACGCGUGGGUCAUGUCGUUUACGGACGUGGAGAACCGGCUGCUGUACGGCGGGUGCCGGAAACGCUGCCUCAGCAUCCUGAAAACCCUCCGGGACCGACAUCUGGAUCUGCCGGGCAACCCGAUAACCAAUUAUCACAUAAAGACGUUGUUGCUGUACGAGUGCGAGAAGCAUCCGAGAGACGUGGAAUGGGAGGAGACCAGCAUCGCCGACAGGAUCAACGGGAUACUGCUGCAGCUGAUCUCGUGCCUGCAAUGUCGUCGAUGUCCCCACUACUUUAUCCCGCACUUGGACUUGUUCAAAGGCAAGACGCCGGCUUCUUUGGAAAGCGCGUCAAAACACGUGUGGAGACUCAGCCGGGAGAUAAUUACCAAUUCGAGGGCAUUCGAUAAACUCUGAACAGGUUUUAUGUUUCGGCCAAAUCGUGGUAUACUACUAUAUAUACUAGUCAACUUUUCGAUAUAAAUUAUAAUAAGCUUUAACCCUUUUUGUCGACGAUACCUAAAAUAUGGUCCCAGUGAUUUUUUUUAAUUCGUUGUUUUCUUUCGUCUCAUAGUUAUGUCAUACUUAAAUUGUAUACACAAGUUUUGAUUAUAUAAUUAUAAUUGUUUACUGAUUAUGAGCAUUUUUUUUAUUUGCUAGUAGAUUAUAAAAGUAUAUAGUUUAUAGGUACUGUAAUACUUGACGUGCAAUAUUAGUUUGUAGAAAGUGUAUGUUUAGUUCAUAUUUUGUUACCUUUAUAACCUACCUAUAUUAUUUAAUAUUUUCUCUUUUGUAAGUC